AUGGCUGAAAAGGUGAAGAGGUACGAAGUGGCGGCGUAUUCGUAUAAAAACCAAAUACGAAAUUUAAAGAGAAACCAACUCCACGGGGGAGACGUGAACAUACAGCUGAUAAACGUCUUCAUUAACGCCAUCUGCGAUAUAGUGCAGCACAUCUGCUCGGAUGUGCGCUCCCCGGUCUUGGCCCUCCUCCCGCUAAUCCAUUCCAUACUGAAUUCGAUCACCGUGAGGGAUAAAAAAAUAUACCGGUGCACAAAGCUGAUACAUGCAGUGUUAACCCAGAUAGGAGGUACAUACGUGGGGGAGGAAGCGGAAGCUGAAACAAAGGACGAACUUCCUCCCCACAAAUUAGAAGACCUAGAGUGGAUAGCCGCCGAAACAGACGAUAAGGGGUGGCUAGCCAUUUCUGACAGGUGGGAAUUAUGCAAGAGGGAUUUAAAAUGGCUGUGUGUGAAGACAAACAACAGGUCGUGGUUGCUGUAUAGGCACCUCUGGGAGCACUGCUCCGAUGAUCUGAAAUACGUAUCGGUUCUAUUUGAUGAUAAAGAGUGGCUACAUCUGCAUAACGUUUGGAAGUUCAUUCCCCUCAGUUUGAAAUUAAGGGCUAUCUCGUCGAAGGACCCAAGUGUCUGCAAGCCGUCCCUAACUGAAAUGAUCCUAAAGGAUGAUGACAUUUAUAGGGACAAUACAUUACCGCAUAGUUCUCACUUGUUGAGUGAAGGUUGGAAGGGUGAAGAUUGGAAGGGUGCAGGUUGGAAAGGAUUGUCAACCGGAAGAGGUGUUAGCAGAACAUUGGCAGCGCAGAGCAGGCAUGAAGACGAAGGAGAUCAUAUAGCAGUCUCAUGUGCUGAGAGAGAGGUCAAUCGGGUUGGCAGCCUGGGAAGAAGUAAAUACCCCAGUGAGACCCAUGUGAAGGGGAUUUCUAACGAAAAGGAAGCCCAGGCAGAUGUGCCUAAAAGGGGAUUCACCCCGAAAGUUACUCCAAAGGGUGCUAAACAGGGUGGUGUGCACCCAGUUGAGAGGUAUGAAGAGGGGUUGGCCAAAAGACAGGAGAGUAAAAGUAUCAUGAGGGGUAAAAUAUUUCUGCCCAAAGUGCCAACCGGGGGGCCGCCAACCGGAAAUGAAGAAAAACAAAGCUGCUAUUAUAAAGGCACCGUGAUGAGUGCCAAGGAGGUGCCACAAAGAAGUGGCCUCUCAGUUGAGCCCCACAUUUUAAAAGAAGGGAGCAAACAAACUGGGGUGAAAGGUACAGAUGAAUUGAACACCUUGGGGGAGACUACUCUUCAUAGUUUGAAGGCAGGCGUAGCUCGUAGACCCCUGCCACCCCCUCAGAAGGGAAAGAUUGUGCCAAAAGGGAAGGGACCCCAGUUAGGGGCAUAUGCUCCCAUUCUGAAGCAUCCAUUUAAUGGGAAAGGCUCAGAAGCAGAACAGGGCGGUAGUAACAGCAGUUUUUCCGCACAAAUUGGAAGCGUGAAGAUGUCGAAUGGGAAGUUGGAGGGGGUCACCUCGAAGGGGAAGAAUGCCCCAAAGAAAAUGCCACCCCUUACAGGCGCGUUAAAAGGCCUUCUAAAAAUGAAGGAGCCAAAUGGGAAGAAUAUUUCUGGUUUGCUGAAGAGAGAAAGCUUGAGCGAAGGUCCGCUGGAUUUAAAAAAAAGUGGCAGCAUUGUGCACUUAGACGAGGUGGUCAUCCCCACGUCGAGUGAAGACGGUGGUACAGAAGAGGAGAUCCACGCGGGUGUGUCGCAGCGGGGGGAAAAUCCAAAGAAAGCGCCCAAGGGGAGCUCUGGCACGUAUUUCUCUGACCUGUUUAAUGCUUUCAAUUUCACGAGAAAUGGAAAGUUGGGAAGGGCAUCGAGCCACAGUGCUGACGCGGGGAGGGAGGAGCGGAGCAGCGACUUGGGCACCCCUGGGGAAGGGAGAAGUUCCCAGCAGAGCGGGGGUGGAAAGACAGAUGGUGACGCAGAUGUAGACACAGAUGACAAUGUAGGUGACAACGUAGAUGGCAACGCAGAUGACAGCGCGAACUGCGGUUUGCAUCCCAUGGGGAGGAGCCUAGAGGAGCAUUCAACGAAGAGGGACUUCCUGCAGGUUAAGAAGUCGGUGUCGAUUGAUGGGGCGGCAGGCGAUGUGGGUAUUCAGUUUCAGGGUGACCCACUGACCAAAGCGAUUGGCCACCUGGGCCAAAGCAACACAAAGGGGCUCCUCUCCCCCAUUUUGGAAAAACCCAUGCAGAAGUUCCCCCCACGGAAGAGUGGCGGUACGAGCGGCAUUCUGCAAAAGGUCCUGGAGGCCGACUUGGCUCACCUGAAUUAUUCCAAUACGCGAAUGACUGCAGACGAAAUUUCCAAGCAUAAGAAUGCGUCGCUCCAUAUAACUGUGAAGAGGAAGGCGUCCUUGUCGUCGUUGAAAAUGAAAACGGUGCCGAAGCGGUGA